AACAAACUUAUAGUGGCACAUUAAUAUGAUAAUGCACGUUGUUUUUUGUACUUUUUUUUCUGCUGAUGCCUGUGUGUGUGUGUGUGUGUGUGUGUGUGUGUGUGUGUGUGUGUGUGUGUGUGUGUGUGUUUGUGUGUGUUUGCAUUUAAAUUCACCAGAUCAACGGUAUAAACAAGGAUGUAAAAGUAAUUGCCACGGGAACAGGGGAAGCAACAGUGAAAAUGGUGUCACUGUAUUACGCUUUGCCUAAAGAGAAAGAGAGCGACUGUCAGAUGUUUAACUUGUCAGUGCAGCUCCUCCCAGUGAAAAUGGAUGAGGAUGAGAACAUAUACAAGCUUAAAAUAGAGGUUUUGUAUAAGGACAAUGACAGUGAUGCAACCAUGUCAAUCCUGGAUAUUGGCUUGCUAACUGGCUUUACCGUUAACACGAAUGACCUGGACUUAUUGUCUAAAGGACGAUCCCGCAUCAUUGCAAGAUAUGAGAUGAACACAGUCCUGUCAGAAAGAGGCUCACUCAUCAUCUAUCUGGACAAGGUUUCUCACACACGUCCAGAAGAGAUCUCUUUUAGGAUCCAUCAGAAGCUGAAAGUCGGAGUCUUACAACCAGCUGCUGUGUCUGUCUAUGAAUACUAUGACCAAACACAUUGUGUGAAGUUCUACCAUCCAGAGAGGAAAGCAGGAAAGCUGCUGCAGCUCUGUACAGAUGAUGAAUGCACAUGUGCAGAAGAAAACUGCAGUAUGCAGAACAAGGACAAACUCAGCAAUGAUCAGCGAACAGCUCUGGUCUGUGAGACUACACAGACCAGCAGAAUAGAUUUUGUGUACAAAGUGAGACUGGACAGUUUUACAGAAGACUUGACCACUGACAUUUUCACAGUAAAGGUACUGGAAGUCAUCAAAGAAGGAAGUCUUGAUGUUGGUCCUCUGAAUAAACAGCACACAUUCGUCAGUUAUCCCCACUGCAGGAGGUCUUUAGCUCUGGGGACGGGUAAAACCUACCUUGUCAUGGGCACGUCCAAAGAUAUUCACAGAGAUGACCAACAUCAAUCGUUUCAGUAUGUAUUUGGAGAGACAACUUGGAUCGAGUACUGGCCCACAGAAGCAGAGUGUCAAACUCAGAAACACAGAUUGACGUGUUUGGGCCUGGAGGAGAUGGUUCAUCAGUACCAACUCUUUGGGUGUCAGCAGUAGUGAAACUCAAGAAACGAAAACGUUAAUUAUUAUCAUGUCAAAAUGUCCCUGCUAUGGGAUAUGAGGGCUUAAAAUAUUGCACUGUAUUGAUUAAAAUGUAAUGUUUAAUCUCAUUGUCUGUGUUUG